CAAAAUAUUAACCAUUUGUUUGUUAUCAUUAAUAAUUUUGUAACUCUUUUUUAAUUAAAAUACUAAAUUGGAUUAUAGACAGUCAUGUGUCUCUUCCAACUCAUCAUCAUGUUGUUGAGUCAACAUUGUAUUUUACUUUGUAUUUUGAAUUUUUUUUGAAAUAUUUGAUUAAUAAAAUGUAUUUACUCUGUUAUAUAAUAUACUAAAUUUGGGUCUCUUGAUAGACAUAUGUUAACAUAAGAUCGUUAGGAGACUUCAUGAAAAUUCACAUGAAAAUGAGGCAAGAUUAGAGAAGUUGAUCAUCGUAAGAGAUAUGAUCUUUCUUAGCAAACACAUGCAUUUUUUUGCAAUAAAACACAUGCAUAACUAAUAAUAUAUUUACGGAAUAAAAUAAUUUGAUAAAAUUUCAAUGGAGCAAGAAUAAAUCACCUCAUUGGAUAAAUGAAAAUAAUAAGUAAGAAUAACUUUUCUCUCACUUAUAAUGUGUCCUUCCAUCCCUUAUUUUCUUUUACAAUUGUUCAUAUUUCCCUUUAUUUUCUUCACAUUUUACAAGUCCCAGUAAAAAACAAGUAUUAAUUACACUUAAAAAUAAUUAAACUCUUUUUAAUAUAUAUGCUUAUAUAUUGACAAUAAAUGUGGCAAUACAUAAAAAUGCAUAUAUUAGUAUAAAUAAUGAAAUUUUUAUUUCUAAACUAAUACCAAACAUAAAUAAAUUUUAGAAAACGAAGGUUCUACAAGUUGUAAAAUUAUACACUAACGCACCAUAUUAAGAUCAAAAUCCGUAUGUGAGUAUCUUGGAUUGAGAUUCUAAAAUAAUGUAUAAACAACGACAAUGAGUCUCAGUUAGUCCAAAUUAAAUUUAAAAAAUUAGCAAUUGAUACAUAUUGUAUAAGAGACUAAAUACAAAUAAGAUCUUACAGAAAACUUCAUGAACAUCCAAAGUGUCAACUUUUAAUUGGGAUGUAGAAAUUUAUCUAAUAAUGAAGUAUAUGUACAAAGAAACUCUAACUAAGAUGUCCUCAUCUGAACAACAUGGAUUCAUAUAAGAUAGAAAAAAUUGUACAUGGGACGUGGUAUAACUUUGUGACAUGGUUUAUGAUUAGAGAAUUCAAACAUUAUAAGUGAAUGUACUAAGUAUUGAGAAUUUUCAAUAUAUAGACACACCACAUACUCACUUAUUAAUACAAAAUAUAAUAAAUUUAGAAGGUCUAAAAUAGUUUAAACAUAUAGAUAAAUUGAAUUAAUGUCAACAAUAAAAUGAAACUCUCCGGCCAACGGGCCGGGUAAAAAGCUAGUUUCCUUUAUAGGAAUGUCCUAAUCCAAUUACAACUUCUGAAGUGAAAUGAAACACAUUAUAACAAAGCAUUGAUUACUUAUGUUACGUAUACUUCAUAUUAAAAUAAAACCUUGGCAAAGAUACAUGGAAACCAGACCAUAUUUUAAGCGGGCUAACCAAAACUAGAUCAAAUAGUUCUGGUUCGAUCCACUUUAACCCAAAAACCACCUUGACUAAGAUUCCCCCCUCCCCCAAAGCAACUCCAUUUAGUUUGAGUUUAAUUGAAAAAAAUAUUAAAAUUCAGUCUUAGUCGAUAACCUUGAAAAAUCAACAUUAACUAUGGUCAAUCUCUUCAACAUCGAAAAUCAUCAAAAGAAAAGCUUCUUAUUGACUGGGAUAAUGUAAGAACCAUAGAACAAAUUAAAGUGUUAGCACUCUAACCCAAUAUUUUAUUAUUAUCAAAUUUAGGCAUUCCAUGAGUGAUUUUUAGCAGUAGUGCUUUUAUUUUAAUAUUACCUACUAGAUCUGGGCCCACCCGUUGGGUGGCUAUAUAUAAUUUUAGUUUUAUAAUAAAUUCAUUAUUGGACGGAUACAUUACGUAAAUAGUAUAAACGACAAGAGUAAUUGUUCAUAAAAAUAAACAUACAUUCUAAAGUUUCUUAAAUUCUAGCAAAUUCUCUAGUGUAAGGAUGAAAGUAAAUAAUCAAACUCAUGCCAGAGAACAUUUCAUAUUAUAAUAAAAACAUAUAAAAAACCAAACAUUAAUGAAGACAUCUACAAUCAAUAUUCUCUUCCUUCUUGUUAACAAUGUGGUCAUCUCCAUUAUUAGAUCCACUACCUCCAACAUUAGAAGACCGACUCUUUCUGCUUCUCCCACAUCUCAAUAAAAGCGAAACUUUAAUGAUAUGGCAAAUGUGACGCUUCAAGUAGAAUAUAUUACAUCCAUGUCAUGAUAUUGUUAAUGAUUUGUUGUUUAUUCUAUCUGAAACCACAAAUUUCCAGCAUGGAUAGUAAUUCCUCUUCUAAAAAAGGUUAUUAUUAGCAUAAUUUAUGUUUUAAUGGGUUUGCCAUAUUUGCCCAAUGGAUUCAAUCUGCUCAUGGUAAAACUUCAUAUGGGUUCGAUGUGAUUUUCCUAAAGUGAAUGAUGAAGUUAAGAAGAAUGGACGUCUAAAGAUAGAUUGCUACCUAGUUGACAUCAUCUUUAAUUUUGUGUAUGAUUUCCACAAAAGUACUUGAGAGAUUUUUCUUCAACUUUUGGUCGAUAGGUAGCAUUAAGCAUAGCACCACCAGUUCCUAACUUUGACAACUUAAUUACAUUGGAAGGAAUACGAAUUAUCCUACCUAUUAGAGAAAGAGACAGCAUUUUAAUAUUAUUGAGUCGUUAAAUUGAAACUGGAGUUUCAUCAUUUCAAUUUGUACACUCCCUGAAGGAUGUGAUGCACCUCUAUCACUUUUAUCACGAAAACAAUACUUGUGAAACCAAAUUUUGGUUUUCUAAAACUCCGAAAUUUGUAGUUUCAUUAAGAGACAAAUCUAUAAGAAAAUAGGUUUCUUAUAAAAUUACAUGUUUCCCUCUUACUAACUUUGUCAAUAGCUAAUCAAUUCUCUUCAAUUUUAAUGUAAUGACUAAAAUGAGAAGACAGUCACCAAUGUUUGCGAGAAUAAUAUAUAUUGUCCUGCCCUAUAGGGGAACCUUCACAACUAACCCAUGUACCCAAAUUGUAUACUAGUAGUGAUGACAAUAUCUUAUAUGAACCGCCGAUCCGACCUGUCCCAACUUGUUUGGGGCGGAUAUCAUCCGACCUCCAGUAGCUUGUUGCGAGGCAUGGGUAUUGCUUACGAUCUGUCCCUCUCCGUCCCUGUUUUUUACCCGUUCUAUCUUGAUUUGCAUCUAUAUCUACAUGUAUUUUUCCUCUUUUGACAUUUCAAAAAUCAUGUUUAUAUCCCAAAGAAAUUCUCUAUACUAUCUUUCACUAUUGAGACUCAAUUAUUCCUUCUACUACGUUUCUCAUCCAUUUAUGAAUUGUUUUUUCAAUGUGUUCUUGUCAAAGAAUUAAAUAUCAACGUUCUUUUUUCAGAUAACAUAUAAGAGUGGGUCGACCUGCCACACCCCACACCCGAGCGGGUAUUAUCCAACCUGACCAACGCUUAGUAUGGAGUGGGUAUGGGUAGUUAAGGUACCCAUCCCAUCCUGCCUCAUCGAUAUUACUAUAUAGUAGACCCAAAUUAAAAUUUUAAACAAUGCAUGCAAUUUUAAGAUGCAAGUUUAAAAGAAUCAUGUCUCGUUAAGCUUUAUUUUGAUCUCUUUAGAAUUUUUUCUGAUAGAAAGAAACGUUUCGAUCUUACUAAUUUUGUCAAUAGCUUAUAAAUUAUCUUCAAUUUUAACUUACGUGAAUCGAUUUUUGAAAAUUUAAUUUGAAAAAAAUUAAUUCUAUAAUGUCGAAAGUCAAAAUAAUUGAAAUGGUUAUAAACUGAUAAGAGUUAUUAUUUAUGGUCAUAUCAUUAGUAAACUUGUUUUGUAGUUCAAAUAAGGGUUAUAGGUAUAAUAUGCCCCUCUACUAUAACGUUUUAUCAAACAUGCCCCUCUAUUAUUUUUUACAUCAAACAUGCCCCUGUACUUUGAAAAAAUUAUCAGACAUGCCCUUCUGUUAAAAUUUCCAUUGAAAAAAUCGUCAAUCAUGGUUGAACCGAGAUUUAGACGACCUGACAUCGGCAAAUGGGAGCGAAAAUGUCAGUUUUGUCUCCCGUUUUAUUUCUCUGGGUCUCUUCAAAGUGAAAUUAUUUGAAUUAUUUGGCUAUACAAAAGAACAUAAAAAAAAUUCUAAAGUGAAAUUAUUAGGGAUAUUUUAGACAUUUGUGCCUCUCAAACCAAAGUUCGACCUUGGUUAACAAUUUUUGGAUCAAAUUUUAAACAAAAGGGCAUGUUUGAUAAUUUUUACAAAGUACAGGGGUAUGUUUGAUAUAAAAAAUAGUAGAAUGGCAUAUUUGAUAAAACGUUAUAGUAGAGGAGCAUAUUAUGCCUAUAACCCUUCAAAUAAAGAUUGGUCAGAGUCAAUUGUAAUCGAUAUUUUAAUAUUCUACUGUUAAAUACUCAUGGUCUUUUGCGUCUAACUUUGAUAUAGGUUUAGGAGACCUUGAUAGAGUAUACACUUAUUUAUCAAUCAAAAUACUUAACACUCUGAUCAAUGAUUUUUAAUAUAUACAUAAGCGAUCUAUAUUGUUAAAUCAAUACAUUUUAAUCAGUGAUUAUUGACUAUUUGUUGAAUCUGUUAAAGGCCUAUGUUGAAAAUUUCAAGCAUAAAUCACACCCGAUAAUGACCGAAUAAUGAACAAUUUGUUUAGUCAACCACACAAAAAUUUGAACUAAUAACAAUUUGAUCCACGAUUUUUCAAAUGGUUUGAUAUAGGUUUAAGAGACCUUGACAGAGUAUGCACUUAUUUAUCAAUCAAAAUACUUAACACUCGAUCAAUGAUUUUUAAUAAUAUACAUAAGCGAUCUAUAUUGUUAAAUCAGUACAUUUUAAUCAAUGAUUAUUGACUAUUUGUUGAAUCUAUUAAAGCCCUAUGUUGAAAAUUUCAAGCAUAAAUUACACCCGAUAAUGACCGAAUAAUGAAUAAUUUAUUUAGUCAACCACAUAAAAAUUUGAACCAAUAACAAUUUAAUUCACGAUUUUUCAAACGAUCUGGUCUAUUUUUCCAAUCCUACUUUCUGGAACCAAAAACAGCAACCAGCUGCGUUUGUGAUCUCUAAGGCCCAUUACCCAUGUUAAUUACCCAUAUAUUAAUUAAUGUAUUCUGUGAUAUCUAAGGCCCAAAUGAAUUUUUAAAAAAAUGACAUAUGGAACCCUCGAUUGUAAAUUGAAACUUUUAUGCUUACUAUGGCCCAUUACCCAUAAUAAUUAAAGUAAGAAAAUGACCUAAUGGCCCCUCCAUGCUAUGCGCAUGAGGCUGGAAACUUGGAGCUGAUGGGGUAUGAGAACCUCCAUAUAGUAAUUUUACGAGGAUUUAGGAUAUCAAUCAUAGAAAAUUCAGUGGGCGGUGUGAGAUUAGAAAAAAGAAAAUUGUGAUGUUCAAUUUGGGAAUGGAGAAUAAAUUGGAAUGGCAAGAGUUGAACUUGUUACAAACUUAAAGUGACCUUUCAGGAUGUUUACCAUUCAAUAUAUAAAAUCGCCACCCAAUCAGGAACCGACGACAGACUGACUCGCAAAUCCCCAAUUCUACCCUCUUUUCUCCUCGAUCUAGGGUUUCUUCCAUUUAAUUUAUUCGCUUUGGCCUCUGUUUAUUGUCGGGGAUGGAAUAUGGAUCCCAAUCUCCUUCCGCCGAGCUCCGACUCCGACAAGUCGGUCGAGCUUAGUUGCUCUGAUUCGCUUCCUCCAUCUGGCUCCUCCUCCUCCUCCGACGAAGCUGAUCCUAAGCGACAGAAGGUUGAAGGAGGCAGAAAGAACGCUGACAGCGACGGCUCCGGCGACAUGGAAGAGGGAAACCACGACGAGGAAGAUGGUAGUGGCGAGAUUGAGGAUGGCGAUGAUUAUGAGGACGAGGAUCACGAUGAUGCGAUGGAAGUCAAGCAGUGGUCUCCCAAGGUACGGACCCUCAUCAAGAGCAUUCCAGAAGACGAUGAAGGCCUGCAACGGUACAUCAGGAAAAUCAAAGAGAGCGAGUGUUUCGAUUUGGAUGAGAACCCUCUUCUGGAGUACCAAAUGUUUGCUACUGCAAUUUACAAGGUCGACUUUGAUUGCCCUGAAGAUACCCAUCACGUCGAAAAUAUUUGGCGCUGCCUCAACCAUGUAAUCGACGAAAAGAAGAAACAAGGCAAUCUGCUGGAAAAGGUUCGAAUUCAGACGGUCAAUUACGGGUUCGACACUGGUUAUAACUAUUACAUUACGUUUGAAGCCAAGAAGAAGUUGUCCGCCGAGGAGGAAGAAGACAAAGUGUAUCAAGCGGAGGUGCACCACAGUAUCUGGAAGGACAUCAAGAUUCAUGUUUUCCGGGAGAAGCAGCGGCAGCAACAACCACUUAUUCAGGCGUGAUCACGAGCUGAGCUAACAUGGACCGUAAGAAUCAGUUCAGGUGUUUCUAGAGAUUGGGAAUACUUACUCGAGCUCUCUCAUAUGAUGAUCUGCACGCUGCAUUUCCUUACUAACGAGCUAUUAUCUAAAUUUUGUAAUUUGGUAGUAACUAUAUAUCCUCUUAAGUGCGACUUAUUAUUAUUAUCUAAUCGACGAUAUUAUCAUGUAUAAUUGAGUAGUCUCAAAGGUGCUAAUGUGGUAGUAAUCGUGUUGAUAGAUUGAUGGUUCCUAGCUAGCCUAUAAUUGUGAUAAGUCAUGCAUUACGUCAUUGUAUGCUUAAGUUCAUUUUUCUUGUGUUCAAAGAACAUUAUGUAGGCGAGAGUGAUGAGUAUUUUUUGCGUCAUGGGCAUGCUUAGGACUCUCCAAGUUGACCUUGUAAAUUGCGUGAGCAAAUUUUCAAAUGCCCUUUCUUCCUGCAUUUGUUAUGUGCACCUCACAACCCAAAAAUGUUCGCUUCGGAUAAAGACUUGAAAAUAACCUAGUUGUUGGAUUUUGUUGAAGAAUAAAGUCUUCGUGUUUUGAGACCACUGCACUAGUUCAUUAUUGAAUUUGUAACCUUGUGUUAGCAAGUUCGAGUAGUAUCAAAAUACGAUCGAGCAGACGGUAAGGGGUCCUUCUAGAUAGAGAGACAAUGUUGGAUCUGUUGAGUGAGGCUCCUCAUUGUGAUGGAUCUAUUUAGCAUUCUUUGGAGUUGACUGCGAUGUGAGGCAUAACAAGAGGGGAAAAAAUGAAUCGUUUAUCAAGAUGCUAAACAGUCUCCCUCGGGGUAGAUCAACUACACAACUUGAGUUGAUGGAAUUUGCAUGGGCUCGAUAAGGUUUUAAGAUGGGGCCAGUCAACAGGCCUACCACUCACACCCUAGCGCCGACCACUUCGUUGUAUGGUCAAUGGAUGACCUAUUGAUUGAUGUAUUUUUUGUCCGAUAAAUAUCAAGAAAGAACAAUAAAUCAAAGAAAGAUCUUAUCCCAGCUAAUGCAACAAUAGCGAGGCGCCAAAUCAAAAGAUUUUAACUUU